CUGUAAGCCAAUAUUAACUUUUUGAGCAAUAAAGCAAUGUAGCUCUUUAAAUGGACUUGUUUUCAUUCAGUGAGAAUUAGGCAACCAUGACCCUCUUGCUGGCUCACCAGUUUUUAAUCCUUGCAGAUACCUGUUCCAGACUUGAACAGCUGAAGAAUGGAAGAACUUUUUUCCGCUAUGGAGGAAUUUAUGCCAAUUUUGCAUGUAAUCCAGGAUUUAGUCUAUUGGGACAUGUGAGUAACAUCUGCAUCCAAGGAAGGUGGAGAAAACCAUUACCUGUAUGUAUAGCAAGCGGUUGCCACAUGCCGAUGGGUAUUGUACGGGGAAGUCUUAAAACAAGCCACAACAAUGCUGUCAUAUCUGUCACAUGCGAAAAAGGAUACAAACUUUUUGGCUCUUCUUUGAUCUUCUGUGAUGGAAAGAAGUGGAACAGCACAAUUCCCAUUUGUAGAGAGAAAGAUAUGAUGGGGUCCAACUUACAAAAGAAGAUUUCAGGAACAGAAAAAACAUUUGUAGUUGGAAACCCUCUGUCCAAAAGAGAACAGAUAAGAGCUUUGUAUAAUAAUACACAAAAAGGGUAUAGCUAUUCAGAAAUAGUUUCCAUUAAUACAGGUAUAGCAGCACCUAGAAAGGGAAAAGACUUCAAAAAUAUGAGUUCCUAUCACGGGCAAGAAGUGUUGGGACAUCAAAGGCAGCUACAGUCACCAAAGACAUUCUUGUCAUUUAUAGAUUUACAAAAUCUAAGUCCAAAAAGAUUAAAAGCAGCUACAAUGGAAAAUAUAAAACUGCAUGUCACCAGUGGGUAUAGCUGGUCCUCUACAGCUACACACAUUCAAAACUCACCAAAAAGAAAUCAAACAUCACAGAUAAAAGCUAUCCGAAAUCUAACACAAUGGUAUUAUAGCCCAACACCUGGAUCCUCAGGCUUUACAGAUACACAAAUAAAGCAUCCAUAUUUUGCAAAGUAUGAAAAAAAUGUUACCAGCUCAUAUGUUGAUUCUCCAUUACAUCUAAGAACCACAACAUCAAACAUUCAACAAACAACCCAACAGGUACAAUCUGCAUAUCUUAGUACUCUGUUAGAAAAUAAGACACCAGCAAACUCUAAUGCAAACAGUUAUCUUCCUAAUGUAUUAGCUGUUGUAAAUGAAACUGUCAAAAAGUCAAUCCAAUCCUCAACCAAACCCUACAACACCACAAACAACACAACAACUCUAGCCCAAAUGGUUAUCAACAUCACAUCAUCAUUGAUCCAUUCCAAUCCUACUCCACAUGUUCCGGUACAAGCAACAGAGACUACUAUAGUUGAGUCUAUAACUGCAAAUGUAGGAGUGAACACCACUGCCCAGGAUAACUUCAUAACUAGCCACAAUGUUGCUUCUACUUAUCCAGAACAUAAAGAAACUUUUUUGUCUAAACCAGCUAAUGCAAAGGUUUAUAGCCCAUCUGCACUUCCAGGACCCACAGCUACAGUUACUGCUAUCACAAGUAACUCUAAAAGAGACCAUAAGAACUUUGGCAUGCUAAAAAGAGGUUAUAAAAGAAGAGUCCAGUGUGUUUACCCUCCACUACCCAGUCAUGGAACUUUCCGUUUUUUUACUGUAAAGGAUCCACUCCCAAACCAGUAUCCUUAUUACAUACAGUACUCCUGUUAUCCUGGCUAUACAAUGUCUACAGGUGAUGUGAAUAGUUUUUGCAAGGACAAUGGAGAGUGGAGUGGACUUACACCGGUGUGUGAAGCCUACUGA